AUGGCGUCGCCUCAGGUAGCGGCAGCGCUGGAGGAAGCUGGCAAGUCUCAGGACGUUACAGGGUAUCUCAACAUCCUCGAAAACACCAAGUCGACUCCCAACCCAGACAGCGUGGCCGCCGACUUAACAGCCUUCAUCGAUGCCGUCCUCACCGGCAACCUCGGCCUCGUCAACACGCGCACCCUCGUGACCGACUUCAUCGCCGCCCUCCGCGCCCUCGACAACCACGACCUCUGGCUCCAAGUCGGCCAGCAUGCCAUCCGCACCAUCCCCACCACCGCCCUCUCCUCCUCCCUACUCGAACAGUCCGCCGCCCUCCGCGAGCUCGUAGCGACCGCGCACGAGGCCAACGAAGACUUCCUCGACGCCGCCAAGAUGCUCUCCGACAUCCCACUCGACAGCUCACAACGACGGGUCGGCGACGCGGAAAAGGCCGCCAUCUGGGUGCGGAUCGUGCGCAACUACCUCGAGGUGGACGACAGCACGACGGCGGAGCGGUACCUGAACAAGCUCAAGAACGUGAUGCACGACGUGGCGGACGCGGAGCUGAACCUGCACUUCCGGGCUGUCGGCGGCGCGCAUCCAGGACUCGAACCGCCAGACGAGCGCCUGCACACCCUGGCCAUGGCCAUCAAGUGCGCCAUCCUGGCCCCCGCGGGGCCCCUACGCGGCCGCGCCCUCGCCCACCUGUACAAGGACGAUCGUUCCGCGGGGCUCGAGGAGCACGGGAUCCUCGAGAAGAUGUUCUUUGAUCGACUGCUGAGCACCGCCGAGGUAGACAAGUUCGCCCAGGGCCUCGCCCCGCACCAGCUAGCCAAGACGUCGGACGGGUCGACCGUGCUGGCCAAGGCGGUGGUGGAGCACAACCUGUUGAGCGCGAGCAGGUUGUACAGCAAUAUCGGGUUUGACGAGCUGGGCUUGUUGCUCGGGCUGGACGGGGAGAAGGCGGAGGAUACGACGGCCAGGAUGGUCGAGCAGGGGCGGCUGGUCGGUUCGAUCGACCAGAUCGACAGGAUUAUAUGGUUCGAGGGCGGCGACGCGUCGGGGGAGAAGGGCAGUGGUCGGGCAGAGACAGCGGUGGGCAAGGAGAUGCGGCGGUGGGAUGCAAACGUGCAGGCCCUGGCCGAGGAUGUAGAGCGGUUGACGGAUGCGCUGCAGGCCGAAUUCCCAGAGUUCGUGGCUGCUCAAAUCGCGGUAUGA